AUGCCUAUUCCCAAAUACACCUAUACCGGUCCAAUUGACCACACCGUGGUUCCUGACCUAGCCAAUGCCAAGGGUAAAUCCGUGAUCAUCACUGGGGGCGCAAAUGGCAUGGGCGAGGCCAUGGUGCGCGCCUUCAGUGCAGCUGGCGCAUUCGUCACAUUUGGCGACCUACACCCUCGUGGCGACGAGCUUGCCAAGGAAUUGAAUGCAGAUGGCGAGAAGACUGCAUUUGUCAAAUGCGAUAUUACAGACUGGGAUCAGUUGAUCACACUAUUUGAGACGGCCAAAGCGAAGAGUCCGCAUAACAGCGUUGACGUUGUCAUUGCUAAUGCGGGAAUCUCCCGAGCCUCGGGUGAUAGUUUGUGGAAUCUUGAUAACCCGAAUGGACCUCCCACCAAGCCUAAUCUCAAUAUCGUCCGUGUCAACAUGGACGGCACAUUUUACACCUGGAAACUCGCAGUCCACUAUUUCAGAAAGCAGGAAGAUUCCCCGGAACGUGACCGAUGCUUCAUCAUGACUGGAAGCAUGGUCGCAUACAUCGAUUCACCGGGAAACUGGGAAUAUACAGCUACUAAGCAUGGCCUGCGUGGCUUCAUGAAGACCGUCAGACGUAGCAGCUGGGAGCAAGGAAUUCGAAUCAACUAUGUUGCACCGUGCUGGAUCAAGAGCGCUAUCCGCACUAAGGAAUAUGAGGACUGGUUGAUUGAACGUGGUGUCGAAUUUGGUGAACAAGAGGACUGCGCCGGUGCCAUGAUGCGAAUUGCCUGCGAUAAAUCCAUCAAUGGACGCUCGCUCAUGAUUACCCCAAGAUCUAAAGCUAAGGAGGGAUUCAUGGACGUUGACAAGGAAGACUAUUCCGAUCCGAAAGACGAGUACUUUGCGAAAAAGCAAGCGUCGCAGUUGGUCAUUAUCGAAGACAAGUGGCUUGAUGAUUAUAAAGUGAGGAUAUACAAAGAUUGA